AUGCAAGGGUUUGUUAAUGUCCAUGUGAAUUCAAACCAAUCUCAUGACUACUGGGGUGGUAGUGUCUCGCUUAGUGCCUCCAAGUCGACCAUCGUCAACGCUGUCACGACGUUGAUCCCCGGACCUGCCCCAGCGACUCAGAACGGCGUGCUAUUCCUCUGGCCUGGGAUAUCCAACGGAACUGGUGACCUGGUCCAGACCACCCUCGAAAGCUGGUCUAGCAACGCAUGGUGCGGAGCCACCACCGGACAGUGGUGUGUGCGCGCCAGUGUCUUUGGCAGCUUUGGUCAGCUCGAUGGCACUGGCUCACCCGUCAGCGGAACCGACGAAGUGCGGAUUGAAUACGAUCUUGAGUCCGAUGGACAGACUUGGACCCAGACUGUCACAAAUGGCGAGACUGGCACCGUGCUUUCAACCUACUCCCACGAAUCUGGACCCUACAUGCGAGGCUACGGUACCGGAACUGAGUGUAACGACAACUGCUCGGGAACUAUCGCUGCGCAGAAAUACCUGAACACUGUUAUCACUCUCGCCUCAGCUGAUACUGCCUUUGGUUCGACCAUUUCUAGCGUCGGUGGUGCCACUUAUACCGAGGUUACUUCUAGUGAGGGUGGGAAGGUGUGGACUAUCAAGGAGAUUGACAUUCCUUCAAUGCAUUAA